AUGCGUUCCUCGUCCGAGCCCACCACGACCAGCAGCUCGGCUGCCAAGGCUGACCCGUCGGCCACAGGAGCACAACAACAACAGCCACUCUUCCCUCUGCGCAUCACACUGCCUCCCCUGUCGACCGCCGGCUGGCUGACCAUCGUCGCCGUGCUCGUCAUCUACGGGUUGGUCGUCAUGCAGCCCGUGCAGAUGGAGCCCGCACAGCCACCCCUCUUCUCGUACGCCCGCUUCAGAGGGCGGCUGCUGCAGGGCGGCUUCCAGGAAUCGACGUCACCCGAGAAACAGGCGUGUCAGACAGACAUCGAGGAGUCGUUCAGCAACAACAUGAUAUGGGGCGACCCCUGUCUGGCGCCCAACGCCACAUUGGUCGAGAACCUGCCCUUCGCACCGCCGUCCUGCAGCGACAAGCUCAAGCCAUUCGAGUACGGCGGCUUCGUGCCGCCAACCACCGCCCCCCUGCUGUUUGCAGGGCCCACCCAGCAGUCGCUCGCAAGAUGGCUGUGUGACGGCCUGCAGGCCACCCAGGCAGGACUGAGAGGGGUGGAGGAGUGCAAGGACGGCGGUCGGCUGAGAGCGCGCCUCGAGGCGGCUUUAGCCAGUGGGGAGAGUGAGGUGGGCAUCCUGGAGGGUGAGGGUCCGAGCAUCGAGAUAGUCACGGACAGUGUCGGGGCGUGUGAGUGCCGCGUGCCAGUGCUGCUGCCUGCCGGGGCCAAGUGCGAGGACUUCAGAUACCCCUACCUGGGGUGGAGAAUCAUCGACUAGAUAUAGAUGAGUGGAGGCGAAUGCGGCUUGGCGUCAUUCAUGAUGCGAUGCAUCAUCCAUCCAUCCAUCCAUGGCAUCGCAUCAAGGGUGGCUGGCUGGCCGCCUGCCUGCCUGCGUAGCAUAGUUUUGUGGGUGCGUAUGUGUACAUAUGACCGGCUGUAUGUAUACUAUUUGUGUGAGCACGGGAG